UCUUUUCGGGUUGGGUUGGGUUGGGUUUUGUUUCUCACUUUCUCUUCAUUCAUCUGUUUCAACACUCCAAAAAAUAUAUUAUUAUUAUUAUUUAUUUAUAUCCGUUUCGUCUUCCUCUCUCUGAAUUCUCAGAUCAAACCAUCUUCUUCAUCAGGAAGCUUGGAGACUUCACACUCUCGUGUUUCAAUCCACACAAUACAAAAUGUUUUUCGAGGGAUAUGGAUAUCACGGGACAUCGUUUGAGCAGACAUAUCGAUGCUACCCUGCUUCUUUUAUUGAAAAGCCCCAACUUGAAAGUGGUGACAAAAUUAUAAUGCCGCCAUCAGCCCUUGAUCGUCUAGCAUCUCUGCAUAUUGAUUAUCCAAUGUUGUUUGAACUUCGUAAUGAUGCUGCUGAGCGAGUUUCUCAUUGUGGUGUUCUGGAAUUCAUUGCAGAGGAAGGCAUGAUAUACAUGCCAUACUGGAUGAUGGAGAACAUGCUUUUACAAGAGGGGGACAUUGUAAGAGUGAAAAAUGCGACACUUCCAAAGGGAACAUAUGUUAAGUUACAGCCUCACACAAAAGACUUUUUGGAUAUUUCCAAUCCAAAGGCUAUAUUAGAAACUACUUUGAGGAAUUUUUCCUGCUUGACUACUGGAGAUAGCAUUAUGGUGGCUUACAAUAACAAAAAGUAUUAUAUUGAUAUUAUAGAGAGCAAGCCUGCCAAUGCUAUAAGCAUCAUUGAGACUGAUUGUGAAGUGGACUUUGCCCCUCCCUUAGAUUACAAGGAACCUGAAAAGCCCGUUCCUUCACGUUCUGCUGGAAAGGCACCAGAAGCUGAUAAAGAAACCCCUGCUGAAGCUGAACCCAAGUUCAACCCAUUUACUGGAUCUGGGAGACGCUUGGACGGAAAGCCUUUGAAUUAUCAGCCUCCACCAGUUUCUUCUUCAGGGUCCAAGGACAAGAAUCCCAGUGUUCCAAAUGUUAAUUCACAGUCUUCUACUGUUUCUAGUUCAAAAAAUAAUGCUCCUCAAACUCAAGGAAAGCUUGUGUUUGGGUCAAAUCCAAAUCGCAGUAAAGAGACUGAAAAGGCGCCAGCUGAGGCAAAACCAAAACAAGAGACCCCCAAAGAGAAAGAAGAAGAUAAAUUUCAGCCUUUCACCGGGAAGAAGUAUUCUUUAAGGGGUUGAUUUUUAUAUUAAAUUAUAUACACUUCUAAACUUUUGUUUAAAGUUAUUUCGCCUUACUGUGCAUGAAUCCAUGUCUAUUGCAAAACUCGAAUCUUUAUUUGUUUAUUGUAUUAUAAGCAAAAGACUGACCGGUAGAUUCCAUAAAAAAUAACAAGUUGUUUACCUGGAGCUUAAUUUUUCA